AUGGAUUCAGGACUGAAACUAUGGCGGCGCAGCGAAGCGACAAGCAAAACCGAGAAAUUCGCCUUUUCUAGAAAUAAUGCGGAAAAACGAGCUUGUGACAGUAAAAUACGAACCUAUUUUUAUGGCAAUAAGAAUCGCUGCGGAAUUCUAGAAGUCAAAAAGCGAUUCGUCGCGGAACGACUUGACGAACUCGACGAUAAAAUGCUCCCUGGACGACCUUUGACUCAGAGACGAAUGAGCGUGGACAAAAAGAACAAACUGCAAGGCCACGAAAUGCAGCGGCUAAAGAAAAAGAUGUCCGUCGCUCAUGCGUCGCACUUAGAACGACUCGAGCUCGAAAUGGACUCUGUUUUUCAAGUUCUAGCACGUGAAUAA